UCGAGACGACGGCGACUCCGACCCACUUGUCUUCGACGCCGCUCCCACCGAGGCGUCGCUGACCGCUUCAUCCGCCCAGCCCCCGCUGCAUCCAUGGCUGUCGCGAGGCUGGUGGCCGCGCCGUCGCCUCUCCCCGCCGCGGCACGCCGAUCGCCCUCCUCCGCCCUGCGGCGGGUGCCGUUAUUCGCGCCGCUCCCGGCGAGGGGGGUCGCGCCGUGCGUGUGCGCCCCCCUGCGCGUGGCGACGGACGACAGGGCUGGCUCGGUGGCGGGCGAGGCGGACGAGGAGGCUGCUCGGAGGGCGGUGGCGGAGCGCGCGGCGCGGAAGCAGUCGGAGCGGCGGACGUACCUGGUGGCGGCGGUGAUGUCCAGCCUCGGGAUCACGUCCAUGGCCGCCGCCGCCGUCUACUACCGCUUCGCCUGGCAAAUGGAGGUACCACCGCCAUCGCAACCUCGCAUCUACAAGAUUACAACCCCUUCCUUGGCUGACUCCGGCGUGCUCGACCAGGGCGGCGAGAUCCCGGUGACGGAGAUGUUCGGCACCUUCGCGCUCUCGGUGGGCGCCGCGGUCGGGAUGGAGUUCUGGGCGCGGUGGGCGCACCGGGCGCUGUGGCACGCGUCGCUGUGGCACAUGCACGAGUCGCACCACCGCCCGCGCGACGGCCCGUUCGAGCUCAACGACGUCUUCGCCAUCAUCAACGCCGUCCCGGCCAUGUCCCUCCUCGCCUACGGCUUCUUCAACCGCGGCCUCGUCCCCGGCCUCUCCUUCGGCGCGGGGCUCGGGAUCACGCUGUUCGGGAUGGCGUACAUGUUCGUCCACGACGGCCUGGUCCACCGCCGCUUCCCGGUGGGGCCCAUCGCCGACGUGCCCUACUUCCGGCGGGUCGCCGCCGCCCACCAGAUACAUCACAUGGACAAGUUCGAGGGCGUGCCAUAUGGGCUGUUCCUUGGUCCCAAGGAGCUGGAGGAGGUGGGUGGUAGUGAGGAGCUGGAGAAGGAGAUCAAGAGGAGGAUUAAGAGGAAAGAGACCUUAGAUACGAUCCAAUGAGAGUUACUUGUCACACAUUUCCUUUUUUUCUUUCCUUUCUGUUCUCUCUUAUUAGAUUUCUCUUGCAAUUGUAGCCUUGUAAUAUGCCUUUUGUGUCAUGUUAAUAGAACAAUAAUUAGAUAGAUACGUGGAAGCUCAUGAUUCUUGUGAGAGGUGGGUGAUUCAGACGGUGGAGCACGCAGGUAUUAGAAAAUGCUGUGCUGGGCCUGAAUGGUUGAUGCUUUUGCUAGUACUUCAUAUAUACUAGUAUUAGUACCAUUCUGAAUUUA